CCCAUCCAAUACAACUCGCUGUGUCUCCGUAUCACCUCUACAAGAUGGCGCCCUCGACAUCGCAAGUCUUUAUUGACGGGUCGUUCGCCGACCUCGCCCAGGAGUUGGCCGAGUACCUCCACAUUGGAUCCGAAAUCCAACCCCUCCUCGACGAGAACAAGAAGGAUGAUGCCCUCAAGAAGCUGGUGACCGCGUCUGCUGCGCUCAACAGUACCCCAGAGAAGGAAUUUACCGCAGCAUACAAUCUCUUGGUCUACCUUGUGGUUCAGUCUCCCAGUGUCAACAUGUUCCUCCCACGCAUGUGCGAGAACCUCUCAAAACCCAUCACGUCCUCCCCCAUCAAUGGCUCUGGUCUGGCGCUCAACGUUCUCACCACUAUCUUCAACCUCCUGCAACCUGAUAACGAUGUGCGAUUCAACGUGUUCCAAGCUAUCUUGCGAUUAGUCAAGACAAGUGGUUUGUACGAGAUGCUUCGACCACAGUUGACAAAGUUGGAUGCCUGGUUGGCAGAAUGGGAGGUUGAUGAAGAGGACCAGCGCAAGCUAUACUGCCAAAUCGCGGAUAUUGCAGAGGAGUCUGGCGAGGAAAAGCAGUCAUACCAAUACGUUCUCAAGGCUCUCCGCACUUUUGACCCUAAAGAAACCGAAGAAAUCUCCUCCACCGAAGCCCAAACUAUCUCUCUCCGCGCUCUCAAGACCGCCCUACUUUCUAAUACACACUUCGAUUUCCAUGACCUGACAUCUCUUCCCACCAUCCAAGCACUCUCCGAUUCUCACCCAAUAUACUCCGAACUGCUCGAAAUUUUUGCUGAGAAAGAACUUGAGGACUACAACGACUUUAGGGACGAGCAUGAGGGCUGGAUCGAGGAGGAGGGGCUGGAUAACAGCAAACUCCACCGCAAGAUGAGACUAUUGACCCUCGCCAGUGUCGCAGCAAGCACCAACAGCCGAGAGCUCGAGUACAAGCGCAUUGCAAAGGCCUUGCAGAUCCCAGCUGAGGACGUUGAAAUGUGGGUUAUUGAUGUCAUUAGAGCUGGUUUGAUCGAGGGCAAGCUUUCGCAACAAAAGCAGGUCUUUUUGGUCCACAGAACGACAUACCGGGUCUUUGGUGAGAAGCAAUGGCGCGAGGUCGCGACAAGACUUGAUCAAUGGAAGGAGAGCUUGAGAGCAGUUAAGGAGGUUAUCAGCAGGGAGAGACAAGCUGCCGAGGCGCAGAAGGAGCGUGAGAUGCACGAGGUUGAGAGGAAGGUUGCUGGUGCUUCAGGAAUGGGCGGUGGACGAAGAAUCGGCGGACGUGAUAACAUGGUUGAGAUGGGUACUGACUGAGGGGCUCAAGACCAUAAGUCUUUCGGCUCCAGCAGCACAUCAAUGUCCAGAAGUUCAUUUUGGCAACGGCGUUAUUAGAGAUGAUUGUACACUUUGGAGCAUAGCGUCUGGCAUGAUGCGGGAUGGUUGUUUUCAACGAGGGCUAUGAUGAUUUGGGACACGAUAUCCUGGAUCAAGAAGCCAA